UCUGUUGUUUCCUUUCCGUGUACAUUUUGCGGUGUGCAGCGGCGUAGACUGUGCACUUUUCCGCUGUUAGAUCAGUAAAAACGGAGCUGCAGAAAUGGCCAAAGUUGAGAUAACACCGCUCAGGUCCUGGGAUGACUUCUUCCCCAGUUCGGACAGAUUUGCCAAGCCAGAUUUUAAUGACAUGGCGAGAUGGAACAACCGAGUAGUUAGCAACCUCCUUUAUUAUCAGACUAACUAUUUGCUGCUUGCUGUAGCUGUGUUUCUGAUUGUCGGGUUCCUGAACCCUCUGGGCAUGUUCACUGCCAUGGCUGUGGUCACUGCAGUAUUCCUGGGCUCACUUUGGGUUGGAGACAAUAAAGUGGCCAUUAAUAACUUCAAGAGGCAGAAUCCCACCCUUUUUGUGAUCCUGGUCAUGGUGGCAAGCUACUUUGUCAUAUCUCUGCUGGGGAGUGUCACUGUGUUCAUGAUGGCCAUCACCUUGCCUCUUAUAUUAAUUACCAUCCAUGCUUCUUUUCGUCUGCGUAACAUGAAAAAUAAACUGGAGAACAAAAUGGAGUGCGCAGGACUGAAGAGGUCACCCAUGGGACUGCUGCUGGACGCCCUGGGCCAGCAGGAGGAGAACAUUCAGAAGAUCCAGAACUUUUUGGAGGCUAAGCUCAAACAGUGACUGAAUGGGACACAGAACAUGUCUAUUGUUAUAGCGUAACUAAAACUUUGUGGAAUUAAUCAUGUUUACCUUCGACACAGAAGCAAACCAAACAGUACUGCUGUAAUGUAAAAAGCUCCAUCUUCACCUCAGGGUACAGAAGGUGUCACUCCUCCCAAAACUUGUCCGGGCACUUUCAGACGCAAAGCUGCAAUGGGCUAUGCAUUUCUGUGCAGAGAAAGUUUCCUAUCAAUUUACUUACUUUAUUUAGUCUCUGAACCAGCUGUCACUUCUGUCUAUUUACUGAAUACACACAGUCAGCAGAGAUCACUGCCAAGAUGCUGCAAAAGACAAACGGUUUUAUAGAAGAGAUUCUCUGUUUUUUUUUUUUGUUCCUUCUAGUACUGCUCCAUUGUACAUGUAGUAGGACUAGUCGCACUCUGAUUAGUCUUAUUUUUUUAUUCCGGAUGCCCUUUCUGUUGGAACUAGCCACAUUAAGGUGACGAUGGUGGGCAAUGUGCAAUGAAGGUCUUAUCCAGGACAUCACAGGAGAAUGCUUAACCUGUAUGUACAUGAACUAUUUUCCUAAAGUUACAAAGAGUGUUUUGAGAAUAACCAAAAUCUUGGAGUUGUUUUAAUAAAAAAGUAAACCCAUCAAUAAAAUAAGAUAUUUUAA